AUGGCAGUCUCCUCCGUCCGUCGGCUGCAGGUGGCUGGGCAGCCGUGCACCAAGAACAGCCGGCAACGGCGACGCGGAGCUUCAUCCAUCGGGCUGCAGGAAGCUGGGCACCGGACCACGAGCACACGCAAGGCUGGCUCGGCCACGAAGUCGUCGGUUCAUCGGCAACACGACGGGCGAGAUGGCAUCCUCGAGCGUGGAAAACGGCCAUCAGGUGGUAUCGCGAGAGGACAAUCACGCCAUCACGCGACCCCGGAAGAUCGGUCCGAGCGCCACACCACAGCGCCUAACGCCCCAGCAGCCACCGCCGCCAACGGCAUCGCUCAGGGGCAUCAUCGCCUGGCCCGCGAGCACCUGCGCCAGCACUUUGGAGCACACCACCAUCACCGCGAGCAAGCUACCGGUACUGGGCCGCAUGGCAUGGAGGUGCAGCAACGCAUCGGAACUCGCCUGCGCCUCGUGCAACUUGGCAUCGUCGUCGUUCCGCUUGUAUGGUUGCAUGGGAAGGGGGACGAGCAUCACUCGUUCGGCGUUGCUCUGUACAUGUCAGCCCAGUAG